GUAGCAGAGUAAAUAUAACAUGACAGCUACUGAAAAUUCAGGGAGUUUUAACUCCAGUUUUUCUCAUAGAUAAUGAUGGACAAUCUUCAAAAUUACAAUUGGAAAAUUCAGACGAGAAUCUGUCAGACAAAUCUUUAAAUUCUGUGCCUGUGCAAAAUAGUAAUUUAAAUUUAAUUGAUAAAUCACCUAUGGAAGCAUCUCGAAAACUUGAUAAUUUUGAAGAGGAUACACAUAUAGAAAAACAUGUUGAAAACAAUUCCACGACAGGUAUUGAUACUGAAGUAAAAGAAGAUGAAUGGGUCGAUGUUUUAGGAAGCGGAGAACUGAUGAAGAAGGUGCUAAAGCCUGGAUUGGGUUUUGAAACACGUCCCAAUAAAGGAGAUCAAGCUACAGUCAGUAUUAGGUACUUCAUAAAUGAUAAAGUGUUUGAAGAAAAUGAAAACCUGAAAUUUAUCGUUGGGGAUAUGGAUGUAAUUCUAGGCCUUGAUUUGGUUAUAUGUCUAAUGGAAAAAGAAGAGAGUGCAAGAGUAAAGGUUCCUGCAAAGUUUGCAUAUGGAAAAGUAGGCAGAGAACCUGAUGUGCCACCUGAUUCCUCUAUUGAGUGUGAAAUUGAGCUUAAAGAUAUUGAACCUGUCAACGAGGAUUCUUUAAGUGUUUCGGAAGGCUUAAAAUUAGGAAAUGGCAAGCGUAUCAGAGGGAACUAUUUUUAUGAGAGAGGUGAAUAUCUGGCAGCCAUUCAAUGUUAUGAAAGGGCAGCUGAAUAUCUUGACAGUCUAAGAGAUUGUUCUGGUUCGUCAAAUGCAGAGCUCCAAGAAGUAGUGGAUUUGAGGCUAAAAGUUUAUAACAACACUGCUGCUACUCAUCUGAAAUUGUCUGCCUACAGUGCUGCUCGGAAAUCUGUUGAUUCUGUCCUAGCUAUUCAACCUAAAAAUGUUAAAGCACUUUUUAGGAAAGGAAAGAUUUUGUCAAUGUUAGGUGAGACAGAAGAUGCCAUUAGUUGUUUGAAAACUGCUGCUGCUUUAGAACCAGAUUCCAAGAUAAUUCAAGUUGAAUUGACAAAGUUAAAAAAUCAACACAAAAAAGAAGAGAUGAAACAAAAAGCCAUGUACCAAAGAAUGUUUCCAAGAAGUGAACCAAAAAAGAUGAACCCUCUUUCACAAAUGAAGAACUGGUUUAUCACUGGUGGACUUCUUGCUGUAGCUGCUGGAACGAUGGUAGCAUAUAAACAGUAUUAUGCAUGAAAAAAUGAUAUACCGUUUAUAUGUACAGUGUAUGAGUGAAACUAUUGAAGUCAUAUUUGUGAUUGUUUCAAAAUAUUGGUUGUAAUUUUUGAUAUUAUACUCAGAUGAGGAAAAUUAUUUGUACAGUUUAGCUAAUUAUAACGACAUUUAAUAAAGUCAUUUUUUUUUCUAGUA